GCGAUGAAGUAUUCAAAAUUUUCUUAGUUCAUACUCCUAACCACCCUCUUUAAUUCUCUCCUCACCCCAUUACUCUCAUUCUCUCUGUUGAAAUUUCAAAAUUUUCCUCCUCCAUUAAAUAUCCCACCCACACACUCUCUUCACCUCCUCCAUCUCUGUCUCUAUUUCUCCCAAACAGUACUAUGGCUUUUUCCAAUGGUAUCAUCUUGCUUUUUCUUGUCAUCUUUUUACAAUCACAUCUCACUGCUGCAGACUUCAGUUUAUCUCCACUCCUCUCCCCCUUCUUAGAAGAUGUAUGUAAAGAAAUUGGGUGUGGAAAAGGAAAAUGCGUAGCUUCCAUGAGUAGUACUAAUGAUCUACUUCAUCCAUUCAAAUGUGAAUGUGAACCUGGAUGGAAACAAUCACUUGGUGGUAACAACACUGACCAUGAAUUUCUCCAGUUUAUGCCGUGUGUCAUCCCUAACUGUACAAUGGACUACGCAUGUAACUCAGCUGCGGAGCCCCCAAUGCCGCAAACAAGAGAACCUCCAGCGAAUGAAUCUUUAUUUGAUCCUUGCAACUGGGCAUAUUGUGGACACGGAUCGUGCAUCAAAUCGAAUGCAUUCGGGCACAAAUGUGAAUGCAUGGAGGGUUAUGGAAAUCUUCUAAAUGUCACUGCAUUCCCAUGUCUCAGAGAAUGUGCCAUUGGAAUGGAUUGUCUAAAACUUGGAAUCGCAGCACCGAACAGAACCACAAAUUCAACACCAAAUAUGCCUGACAGGAGUGGGAAUCAUGCUAGCACAAUUUUACACGGAACGUUUCUUUCGUUAGUGAUCUUUGUGGUAACCAUUGUGAUGGUUCCAUGGAAAUAGUACAGUGAUGAGGCGAAUGACAAGGACUUGAAGGAAUGGGUGGUUUCAGAUGUUUGAGGUUCCAAAACCACUUUUUUUUGGUGGAUUUUGUUUCACAUGUCUAUUAGAGAAAGUAGGUUUCAGAUGCUUCAUCUAUUAGAUUCUUAUAUAUUCCUGCAGUUUAUAUGGAUUAUUUAUGUCUGUCACUUAAUUUUUACGAGGAUUGGGUGCGAUGGCAUUAUCUUGAGUCUUCACAUGUCUGAGGUUUGGAGAUGUAUAUAACACUAUGUUGAACUUUGUUAAGAGCUACUAGCUAGCUUUAUUGAAUUUGAACAUGUUCUAACUAAGAUAUACAUGAAUCGCCCAUUGGCCUA